AUGGCUGGUGAGGACAAGAAGAACGACAAUGCGACCAGCAACGCCCAAGGAAACCGGGGUGGUCCAGCGGGAAUCCUUGGUAAUGUCCCAGACGCUGGAGGAGUUCUCUCCUCGGUCGGUGGAGGCAACAGUCCUGCCAGUAACAACACCAACGGCAGCAACGCUGAGAACAGGGACGCAAAUGCAGGUUUCGGCCUUGACAACAAGGACGUCAAGGGCAGUUUGAAGGUACAUAUUAAACUGGAUCUCGAAGCAGAUAUCCGGAUCAUCGCGAAAAUCAAGGGAGACAUUGCCAUUGGGCUGUUGUAG